AUGGCUGCUGACGCUUUCGAGCUGAAGGUGAAGGGCCUCAAGGCUCUGGGUUUCGUGUUUGUGUCCUCUCCUCUCAAAAGUGUUACUAUGCCCCAGUUGUGCGAGGUAGUGAAGGGAUUCACAUGGACCGUCUAUGCCGUAUGUGUUGGGGAGCAGGAGACAGCGGAUGAUUUGUACGAGAAUUAUGGUAACUGA